CAUUUCGUUUUUUUUUUUACUCAGCGAGCUUCUGAAGAACUGGUGAUUCAUCGCCUUUGAUCAGUCCCUGAUUCACAUUGCCUUUCUAUAGCUGCUGGGAUUGUUAGAACCUGAAAAGCAAAUCAAAAUGGUCGUUCUUGCUGCUUCCAUCGUGAGCAAGUCUGGAAAAGUGCUUGUUUCCAGGCAAUCUGUGGAUAUGUCCCGUAUCAGAAUUGAAGGUCUACUUGCAGCUUUCCCUAAGCUGGUUGGCAUGGGCAAGCAGCAUACCUAUAUUGAGACAGAGAAUGUGCGAUAUGUAUAUCAGCCUAUUGAAGCUCUCUUCCUACUUCUUGUUACAACUAAGCAGAGCAACAUUCUAGAAGAUCUGGACACGCUCAGGAUGCUCUCCAAACUUGUACCUGAGUACUCCAUGUCAUUAGAUGAAGAAGGGAUUGGCAGGGCGGCUUUUGAGCUGAUAUUCGCUUUUGAUGAAGUCAUAUCUCUUGGGCACAAGGAAAGUGUGACAGUUGCCCAGGUGAAGCAGUACUGUGAAAUGGAAAGUCAUGAGGAGAAGUUGCAUAAACUGGUGAUGCAGAGCAAGAUCAAUGACACUAAAGACGUGAUGAAGCGUAAAGCUAAUGAGAUUGACAAAAGCAAGAUUGAAAAGAAUAGAGAUAUUAAGGGAUUUAAUUCCAUGAGCUCAAUGGGAUCUGGAAGACUGGAUAGUAGUUUCAAUGACUUGAGCAUAUCUAGUGAUGGUGGCCGUUUUCGAAAUUCUAGCUUUGACAUGAUUUCAGAUGUUGAGCCUAUCAAUACCAAGGCGAAAGAUCGAUCACGGUCUCACGUUACUGCUCCUCCGAAGAGUUCUGGAAUGAAACUUGGCAAGUCGGGAAAGAACCAGUUGAUGGAGUCCCUUAAAGCAGAGGGUGAAGACAUCAUUGAAGACGUUAAGCCUACUGGCCAAUCCAGAGCAGCUGCCCCACCUCCAACUGAUCCUUUCACAUUAACUGUCGAAGAGAAGCUCAAUGUCACAUUGAGACGAGAUGGUGGAAUCAGUAGCUUUGAUAUGCAGGGAACCCUGUCCCUUCAAAUUCUUAACCAAGAAGAUGGAUUUGUCCAAGUUCAGAUUGAAACCGGUGGAAAUCCUGAAAUUCUUUUCAAGACCCAUCCCAACAUUAACCGAGAACUCUUUAAUAGUGAGAGUAUUCUAGGGCUAAAGAGACCUGAUCAGCCAUUUCCCACUGGUCAAGGUGGAGAUGGAGUUGGUCUGCUGAGGUGGAGAAUGCAAAGAGCAGACGAGUCGAUGGUGCCACUAACAAUCAACUGCUGGCCUUCAGUCUCUGGAAGUGAUACAUAUGUCAGCAUCGAGUAUGAAGCCUCGUCCAUGUUUGACUUGACUAAUGUCAUCAUCUCCGUACCUCUUCCUGCUUUGAGAGAGGCACCAGAAGUUAAACAAUGUGAUGGAGACUGGAGGUACGACUCAAGAAAUUCUGUUCUGGAAUGGUCUAUACUUCUGAUUGACAAUUCCAACCGCAAUGGGUCAAUGGAGUUUGUUGUGCCACCAGUUGACUCAGGGGUGUUCUUCCCCAUCUCUGUUCAGUUUGCAGCGACCAGUACAUACAGUGGCUUGAAGGUGACCGGAAUGAUUCCUCUGAGGGACGGUGGUGGUGCGACUCCAAGGUUUGUGCAGAGGACGCAGCUGAUUGCACAGAAUUACCAAGUCGCAUGAGAAAUAAGCUCUUUGAGUUUCUCCUUUUGGAUCCUCUGUUUUUUUUUUUAAUAUAAAUUGCUUCUAUACUAUCGGGUUUUGGUUCACUUUCGUAAUUUGUAUGCAAAAAGUUAAAUCUUAAUUUUCUGGGAUUCUGCUAGUUUGUUUAUCUACUUAUAAGACUUACAUAUUCAUGUCAUUGUUCUUGAUCGACUUGCUUAAUUUGUCAAUCUGAACGAGUUUUCUAUUC